AUGUCUGAUAAGGAGACUUCUGCCGUGCCUGUCGAAGAGCAGUCUGCUGGCUCGCCUGCGCCCGCCAAGGAGGCGUCCCCCGCCCCUGCUGCGGCUCAGGAGAAGGCAGCAGAGAAGGAAGCGCCCGCCGCGUCAGAGGCCGCACCCGCCGAGGAGCCCAAGACGAACGGGGACCACGCUGCUGAGGAUCCUAAGACGAAUGGGAACGGGAACGGAGACGGAGACCACGCUGCCGAGUCUACCGACGCGGCACCCGCCGCCUCGGCACCCGCACCCGCCGCAGCUGCAUCAGCGCCCGAAUCGAAGGGUCAGACCCGGACGAGCUCGCGUACCAAGCUUGGAUCACCGGCCGCAAAGCCGGCGCCCAAGAAGGCUGCGCCAAAGACGGCCAAGCCGCGAGUGAGCGGAGCGGCGGCGGGAGGGAGCAAAAAGGCGGCGCCGGCGGCGGAGAAGAACUUUAAGAUUGGGGAUAUCGUGUUGGCGAGGCUGAAGGGAUACCCUGCGUGGCCCGCACGAAUUGCCGACCCUGACACCCUUCCCCGGAAAGUGGCCGCCCAGCGCCCAAACAAGAACCCCAUGAUCUUCUGCGUCCAGUACUUCCCCGUUGGAGACUACUCCUGGCUAAACCAACGCGACCUCACCUCCCUCACCCCCUCCGACAUCUCGUCCUACCUCGAAUCGGGCCACCGCAAAGCCACUGGCGGCCUGCGCGAGGCGUACCAGACCGCCCAGGACCCGACCGAGUGGGACGAGGGACAGGCGCAGAUUGUGCAGCGGGAGCAGGAGGGCGAGGAGGAGGUGGAUGAGCUGGCGGAUGAGGACGAGGGUGAGGAGGCAGCUGUGACGGGUGGGAAGAGGAAGAAGGCGGCGGCGACUGGAGGGAAGGAGGGGAGUAAGAAGAAGGCAAAGACUGAGAAGAAGAAUGACGAGACCGCCGACAAGUCAAAGAAGGCCGCCAAGCCCAAGGCCGCCAAGUCAAAGGCCGCACCUGAAUCAAAGCCUGCUGUGGAGAACCAGGCAGCCGACGACGAUGACCCACUGUCAAAUGACCCGGAAUGCAGAAAGGUCAAGGACUGGCGCCACAAGCUGCAGCGGGCGUUCCUCGGCAAGGCGCUCCCAGAGGCAGAUGAAAUGCCAGGCUACGACCAGCUUUUCAAGGAUAUCGAGGCGUACAAGGGCAUGACAACAGAUGCACUGACAUACUCCAAGAUCGGCAAGGUCAUGAAGAAGAUUGCGGCCAUAUCGACCAUACCCAAGGACGACGAGCUGAAGAUCACCACCCGCGCCGAGAAGUUGAUGAAGGACUGGCAGUUGGUCAUUGACAAGGACCUAGGCGCGAAGAACGGAGAUACCAAGGCGAACGGUAUGGACGUUGACGCUUGA